UUGCGUGAGUUUGGUUUUAUAUUUGAAAAUAUGAAAAAAAAUACACUAAAUCAAAACAAAUUCCUAAAGACUGAAAAAAAUAUUCAAGAAUUCUUUAAAAAUCAAAUUCAUGAGCAUAGAAAAAAAUCAAUUCAAGUCUUAUAAUUCCCAAAAAUCGUCGAGAACUAUAAGAUUUUUUGUGCAAAAAAUACAGAAUUAAAAUGUUUAAAUUGCCACGUCAUAGGUCACGUAUAUUCAAUAUUUAAAAAUUUCAAAUGAUCAUUUUUUUUUCAAAAUUUUGCAGAAAAAACCAUCUUUCUUUUUUUUUGACUUCCCCUCAUUACAAUUUUCGCUUUCAUUUUCAUUUUCAAAUAAAAAAUUUUAUUUUUAAUUUUUUUUUCUUCGCCUAUUAACCAUCUGUCCUUUUCGUCUCAUUUUCCAUCGAAAAUUAUAUAUUUUUAUAUAAAUAAUAAAAUUGUCUUUAUUUAUUAAUUAAAACGCAUAUGUUUUAAUUGAAUUUUGUAGUUUUUUUUCAAAUGUUUGGCGCCAAAAAUUACGUUUUUCUCUACGCGCGCGCUUGAAAAAUUUGCAAUUUUUCCCACACCAGAUUUUCAUAUUUAUUUUUGAGUAUUUUUGAAAGAAGCCGAAUUUACAUAAAUUUUGUGGGCCCACAAAUAAAAAUGCAUAAAAUUAUAAAUUUAUAAUGGGAUUUUACCUCUUUUUGUUUCGGUCGUUUUGUGUGUGCAUUUUUAUUUAUUUUUAAAAUUGGGAAAAUUUUAUUUGAGAAUUUUGAGGGUGGAAAUUCAGUUUUUCGGUGCUAAAAUUCGGGCUAAAAAUCUGAGAUUUGAAUUCAAUUUUUUAGAGAAUGAUUUUCUGGCUCUAAAUUAUUUACGUGGCUGAAAUUAAGAAUAAAUAUAUGAAAAUUUUAAAUGUUUGCUUCAAAAAUCUAUUUCCCAAAAAAAUCCACCAAUUUUCACACCUUUUUUCUAACAAAUAACAAAAACCUGUUUCUUCUUCCUUUUUUUGUGUUUUUUUUCUGCGAAAAAGACAAAAAACACACAUAAUAAUGGGUCACCUGCGUCCUUUUUUAUAUAUUAUUAUUAUAUAUCUUUUUAUUAUUCUUGUAAUUAUUAUUAUUAUUAUAACAAAUAUAGAUUUUUCUAUUUUUCUCAAAUUAAAAAAAACUUCAUUUUCAUUUUUAUUUUAUAACCCUUUUUUGUGUGGUUUUUUUCGCGGCGCGCGCGAAAAAAAUUCAAUUAAAAUUUUUUUCGGGGUAAUAAAAUGAAAAUUGAAUAAAAUUUUCAUUUUGGAAAAUUGCAUGCAGAAAAGGUCAAUUUUUUUUGUUUAGAAAAGUGUGUUUUUGGGGCUAAAAAUACACGUGACAAUUUUAAAAUUUGAAAAUGAUAGCGCUAAAAAUUUAUUGUUAUGUGAAACAAUUCAAAUUCAAAAUUUGGCCCAAAAAAUGCUUUUUUCUCUACCAGGAAAUCGUGAUUUUUCAAAAAUAAAUAAAUAAAAUGAAAAAAAUAAAUAUUUAUUUAUUAUUUAUUUUCGCGCUCACCGCGAGGUAAACAAGAAUUUUGGAUUUUUAAAAUUUGGCACCAAUUUUGUUCCCAAUAAAAAAUUGUGUUGUUCAACGAAAAAAAAAACGGAUUAAAUUUCAUUGCAAAAAGUUUAUGCAAAAAAAAAUGUUUUUUGUGGAAUACAAUUUUUCAGUUUUUUGAAAGUGUAUAGUGAGUUUUUCGCGCCAAAAGUUUUUAAAUUCAAAAAUUGUUUGGCCUCAAAUCCCUCACAUUAAUAAUAAUAUUUUUUUAUUUAUUAUUAUUUCCAAUAAUAAUAAUAAUAAUAAAAAUACGAUUGCUUUUAUUAUUAGUUUUUCCCCAUUUUCUCUACCCGUCUCUCUGAUUUUCCCACACUCUCUCGCUUCUCUGCCGUCUCUUGUUCUCUAACAUAUGUUAUUAUUAUUUUUAUUAUAUAUAUAUAUAUAAAUAUAUUUAUAUAUAUUUUUACUAUACGAAAAAUUUAUGUGUUUUUUGCGCUAUUUUUUAUAAUUCGAAAUUUUUGAAAUUGAACAGUUUGAAAAAUGUAUCUUUUAUACAUUUUUUUUGUUGAAAUUGACAAUUUUUCAAUAAAAGCCUCCAACUGUAUUGAAAUUAUCUGAAAAUAGGCCAUCGAAACAGGCCCCAACCAACAAGUAGAAGUCUUCAUCGAGUGGGAACUUCUACUUGUUGGUGGGGGCCUAUUUUCUGCGAUUCACCCUUUUAAAUAUAUAUAUAUAUAAUAUUUUUUUUUGUACGAAAAAAAAGAAAAAAAUUUUCCUCUCCUCCCUUUUUUUAUAUAUACAUAUAUAAAAUUUUAUAUAUAUAUAUAGGAAAAAAAUAUAUGUAUUUUUCUAUAUAAAUAAUAUUAUGUGCAUAUUUUCGGCGCUAUUUUUGGCACCGAAUUAUUCCACGUGGCAAACAAAUUAGUGCACCUUCUAUUGUUCCGUCCAUUUUUCUUAAUUUUUUUCCGAUUCUCCCCGAAAAAUUGCAUGUCUUCUACUAACUUACUAUAUAAUUUUCGCAUAAAAAUUUGGGCGGAGCUCCGCUUUUUUUUGCUCCAAAAAAUAUUUUUUAUUAUUUUUAUUUCUAUUGAGACACAUACAAUUUUUAUCAGUUUUCUCUUAUUUUUUUUGUUGAAAAAACCUUUUUUUUAAACAAAAUGUAUGAAUUUUUAACUCAAUUUAUAGCAUGAGUUAUGACGUGGCAAAUUUUAGCCGAUGUCACUUUGUAAUUAAUUUUCUUGAAAUUUCGGAAUCCUGUACAGCUUUUAAAAAUCCCAAUUUUUUUCAGCCAAGAAAAUGAUCGAACAAGAAGAUCAGAAAAUUGUGUUACCAAAUAAUAAUGUGGACAAAAAACCCGACAAAUUUUUGCACGAAUCUGCGUCGCCUUCAAAUAUUGAUGUAGGUUUUUUAAUGAGUUGGAGCCGGAAAAUCCACGUAGCAGAAAAAUUUUGGCUGAGUAUCUAAUGUUGUACGCAGCGAAAUUCUGAAGAAACAUAGUCAUUCCUGGUGACGAAAAUUGCAAAAAAAUAUUUCAAUUACCAAUUUCAACCCAAUUAUAAAUUUUUUUCGAAUUCGAAAAAAAAUUACCAAAUUUCGCCUCAAUAAAAAAGCCAAAAAAUUUACGAGUGCUCAAAAUUUUAGCUCUUCGUCCUCCUUAUUUCAAACACUAUUUUCGCGCCGCCAACAAAAUUUUAAUUCAUAUUUUAUUACACUUUUUCGAAGAAAUAAAAUAGAAAAAUUUUAUGGUCUUUUUUUGUGUUGAGAAAAAAAUAGGAAAAUGAAAUAUGAAAUUUCCGCCAAUUUCUUUGGGGUGAAUAUUUGAAUGUUGAAUUUUGGUGCAAAAAAAUGACGUGGCAAAUACAAAAUCGAAAUAUUUUGAAAUAAAUGAUUUUAGCUCUAAAAAUAAGUUUUAAAGGAGCAUAAGCAUAUUUGGUGUCUAAAUAUUACAAAUUUUCACGCAGAAAUAACCCACGUGGCAAAACUAAUCAAUAUUUUUUUCGCAGGAAACCUUAGACGACGAAGAGGACGAUGAUUCAAUAACAAAUCCGGAUCAAACUUCGGCUGAAAAAAUGGAAGAUCAACGAUUUUUGUACCUUCAACAUCAGGUAUUUUUGGCAUCAAAAAUAAUUUUUAAAAAAUCGAUUUUGUUUUUUUCAGAUCUCAAAAAUAAUGCGACAUUUACACGUGGAACCUUGCUCAUGUCAAAAUUGUUUGAAUAUUCAGAAAAUGCAACAAAAAAUGAAUACGGUAGGGAGUUUUGGUAAUUGGGGAAAAAAAAUUCCACGUGGAAGAUUUAUACAUCAAAUUUUCUGCUGAAUUUGACUCAAAAAAGUUGACAGGGACAUUAGCAAAUAUGCUCUAUUGAGGAUUUUUCUGUUUUAAAAAAAAAUUCAAAUUGUUUCAGCCGCAAUCCGAUCCGGCUGCAAUGUUAGCUCAACUCUUUCCCAACGCCUCACAUCAACAAAUUCAAACCCUUCUCGAGUUAUCCAAACUCAAUCAAUUGCCAACACACGUGGCAGAUGCUACGCAGUCAAAUGGUAGUGGAUACGUAGCAACAGGAGAACAGUCGAAUGGCGGAGGAAAAAUUAUGCAUCAUCAAAAUUUGCACCAAAAUGGCGGAUCAAAAAUUGGAUCGGGGCCGUAUGGAAUGAAUUCGGCCACGGCCUCGCCUGGACCAAGUUCUGAUGGUGGAUCUGAUGAAAAUGAGUUAGCCCAACUCCAGCAGCCACGUCAAAACUUACAUCAAAAUUUGAAUACAGUACCCCAACAACAGCAACAUCAACCACCAGCUUCACAUCAAAAUAAUCCCAAUGUUUUUGCGCAGUGUGAGUUGGUUUUUUGAAAUGGGAAAACAAUUUGGCUGUGUAAAUACGUUAGAUACUCAGCGAAAGCUGUGAGCUUUGUGCUUACCAGAAAUGCUUUUGGCUGAGUAUCUAAUCUGAUACGCAGCCAACAUUUCUGAAUUUUGAGAAAGAAAAUCCAAAAAAUUUGAAAUAUUUCAAAUUUCACGCAAAAAAAUCCACGUGGAUAAUUCCUAACUGCUUAUUUGGUAUCAAAAGUUCUUAAAUUUUUCAGCGAUGGUCGAUAUGAUAAAAAUGAAUGCAGCACAAUCGGCAAGUUCGCCCGGUUUCUUACGCGGACGCGGAAGAGGUCGACCAAAAUUGAUUGGAGAUGAAUUGGAUGCAGAUCUUGUCGAUCAUAUGGUUAAUAUAAAACAAAAUGAAUUCCACAAUCAUUUGACAGCUUCACAAGCAUUACAUCUUGCCAAAAAAUAUAUAUUGGAAAGAGCACCUGGUUUGCUCGAAGAACACGGUGGGCACGUGAAAUUGAAAUUAACAUGGGCAAUGAAAUUGGUAUCACGAAUUGCUGAAAGACAAAAAGAAAUUGAAUAUGGAUUGCCACCGGGAACAUUAUCGAAUAUGGGAAGAACAUUGGGCAAUUUACCCGGCAACAAUUUUAUGGCUGAUGUUGUGGCACAGAAUUUGUUGAGUCAACAUAUGAUGAUGAUGAGUGGAGGAGGAGGAACAGGAAAUGGAGGAGGACCAACUGGAAAUCAUUAUGAGAAUCGGCAGCCAAUUUCGAAAGAUCAAAUGAUGAUGGGAAAUAAUGGAGGAGCACAUAAUAUGUCUGGAGGAGCUGCACAACAAACUGAGUUUUUUAUGUGUGAGUUUUGA